UCAGAAAGGACUUGACUAUUUGUCCCUCGAGAUGUCUCUUUGCGUUCACCACUUCUUCAUGGACGCCCAUGCACGUUGCCGCAAGUGCAAUAGUCAAUCAGAAGAAAAAGCAGGCCCCCAAGGCUCGCUUGUUCCUGCUAGGUCGAGGAUCGUAGCACACGUCAAGACGCACCCAUGGGACACGGAUGGGAGGGACGGGAAAGCGUUGAUCGUGCGAACGAGGCAGAGCGUCCAUUGCCAGGAUUGCGUGUGGAUCGAAAGCAUCUGGAUGGAGCAAAGAUCGCUAUAGGUCUAGACUGCUCUCUGUUCGGUCCUGCUCGAGCUAAAUACUUGUUCAAAACCCCAUUUCAGAUUUCACCUUAUCGACAUCUGUUGAGGCUUUUCUCAUCCGUCCACGUCUAGGACGUUAUAGCACGUUAUUUGUGCACAUCCCACAACCCACCAUUCCCAUAUUGUGUUACCCUGCCCGUCGGUCAUUCUUGUAGCAAUGGACCACAUCGAAGCAGAAGCGUCGUGGCCACCGUCAAGUCUGUCUGGUCGGUUUCCCACAACCUGCACCAACGUCAUUCGAGCG